AUGUUCGAUGACAGUGAUUGGCGUGAUUUCCGGGCCAAAUUGGUCAUGGGUGAAACCAAAGAAGCUUCUGGUAGUCGUAGUACUCCUCCUCCUCCCAGCGACGCGGAAAUCAUUGAGGAUGCCGAUGGCAUUGGAGAUCUCGAUGGAAUUGGGAGUAUCUUUAUGGAUUCCAGUAGACUUCCUACGAACGACACAACCUCCAAAGCAUUCAGCGAUGCUUCUUCCACUGCCUCUGCAGCAGCAGCUGCCAACAAAAUGACACCACUGGAUCCCAGUCAAUGGGCCUACGAAUCGGGAAAGGUCAUUGAACAAGGAGCUGUCAUUCUGGGAGGAGUAGAACAAGCAUUUGGAUUUGGAUUGAGACAACAGUACUUUCAUAAGGCAGCCAUUCUGGUACUAGAUCAUGAAGAAAACACUUUCACCAAGGGCAUUAUUCUAAACAGACCCACUGAUUUGACUCUGGAAGAUGAUAUCAAUCCAGGAGUUAGAUGGAGAGUUUGGUUUGGCGGAGAUGUCCAAGGAUUGAAUUCUGCCAAACCAGACAUUGUGUGCCUACAUUCCCUCAAAAAUGAACAAGCUACAAAGGCAAGCAUCAAAGUCAUGAAAGAUAUCAAAUGGACCACUUUUGAAAAUGCCAAACGGUUAGUACAAAUUGGUGCCGCACAACCCACCGACUUUUGGGUAUUCAUGGGAUAUGCAGGAUGGGGAGCAGGCCAGCUCAUGGGAGAAUUGAAUCGCAAAUCAUGGUACAUGGUGGCCACCGACUCCCAGACAUUACUCAAAGAACUAGCUCGACAAUCGGCAGCGUCGGAUCCCAGGGAGGCAGGAUUGGAUACAUGGACUCUUCUCAUGGAUAUGAUUGGUCGCAGCGGGAUUGCCAAGGAAUACACCGGGGAUUUCGACGACCUCAUGCUGAAAGAAUGGGCGCUGGGCAAUCUGUUGUCGGCCGAAGCGGGGGGAGGUGGCGGGGAGCGAGAUUUGUCCGCCGAUGCCGCUAUCCGAGGUUCUCCGUCGUUUCCCAUGGAAUCUACUCCCAAACGCGGAGGCAACAACGACCCCUUGUUUGGUAGGUUGAUGAAUCGCAUGACUUCGCGAGGUGGAGGUGACCAAGUCCAAGAAGGCUCCGUGUUACGAGCAUCUCCUGCCGAUCGAUCACCCUUCUUGCUGCAAGGACAAGAAUACCACAAAUCGGUGGUGCUCGUCCUCAGCGAAGAAAACGGGAUUACCGUGGGCGCCAUUUUGAACCGACCGGCUUCCAAAGGUUUGGACAUUCAAAUUCGAGACAAGAGCACGGGAGAGAAAAAGAAAGUUAUGGUCCCUCUCCGAUUUGGUGGACAAUAUACAGUCAAGGGUUCUGAAGCCCUCUUAUGGCUUCAUUCCAGCUCCAAACUCCGCGAUGCCGACGUCGGAGCCCCAGUAGGUGGACAAGAAGAUGGAAUCUGGAAAUGCACUGCAGAAGAUGUGAUCAGUGCUAUUGGAAGACACAUUGCCAAGCCAGAAGACUUUGUAGUAGUCAGUGGUGUAUCCGUAUGGGGCACGGUCCCUGGCAAAUCUCAAGCAGGAGGAAUUCAAGAAGAAGUAGACAAGGGCAAGUUUGAAUUGGUUCCCGAUUCCAACAUCAAGUCUGUGUGGAAUGCACUAUCGAAGCAAGAUGUGUUGACGAGUGAGAACUUGUCGCUCAAUCUAGAACUCGCAACGGAGGCGUGGAAUGCGGGUGCUGGUAGACGCAAUGGCAAGAUGAACGGUGCCUUCACGAAUGGAAGGUCCAAUGGAAAGGAAAACGACAAUCUGCCACCCAUGAGCGGUCUUGGUGAUGGUUUCGACGAGGAAGACGAUAGUUUAGUAUUCAAGUCUUCCGUGAAGGUGUCAGCAUUGAGUGAUGAUGCGUUGCGCAGUUGGGUGAAAACGUUUUUGUUGGGCUUGCCCUCCAUGCAGGGCUAG